ACGACUACCAUCGUGACGAGAGUAGUAACAAAACGAUCCGCGAUGCGGCUCUCUAAAGGAAUGGAUGUUGAAUGGAUCCCGCUCAAUCUAUGCAUUUGAACUCUCUACUCACUCUGCAUCUUCCUUAUCUUCACAUCCUCUGAUCUUGAAAUGGUAGUCGACGAUCUUGAGCAUCAUGUCUUUUUAUGAUGGAUGACGCAAAAAAAGGGAUGCUGGAUAAGGCUGUCACCAUGGUUACCAACUUCAUUUUAAUGCCAGUCAUCAAAGAUUUACAACAAACAUGAAUAGAGGCGAGCAAAUUUUUAUCAUCGAAUGGGGAGCCCUUCAGAGUGUGAUCGUAGAAAUUAUACUCUCAUCGUAUUGGCUCGCAAUCAGAGAAAAAAAAAUGUUUCUGUUUUCAAUUUGAGAGAUUUAGUUUCUUAAGUACCAUAUAAAUAUUGAAAAUUGAGAUGUAUUCUACAAAAGCCGGCAUCCGUUGCGACUAUUUUUACUCCCUUAACGAUUCGUUUAAAGAAAAGAGUUGGCUUAAAGCAUUGGAUUAUCUCGAAUAAUGCUGUCGAUCAGACACUCAAUCGCUAUUGAGCCGUCAAAGGUUAAAUUAAAAUUCAAGCUGGAAAUAUAGUGGUUUGAACAUGCAGUCAAAGUGCUUUUAAUACUUUAAGCUGUCUAUGAAAGUUAUAAACUAAGAUACACAACAAAAAGGAAAAAGUUCUAUUUAUUAAAAGUAAAACAUCUUAAAGAAAGGCUCAUAUGAAGUAAAAAGUUUAAAAAUAACUCAUCCGAGCUGAUCUGUAUCGUUAUCUGAAUGCAGUAAAAAGGUCACUUAUUGUUUAAAACAAAAAUAUUCCACAUGAAUAUUACGAAAUAUUUCUGGCCAAGAACAAAUAUGCUUCCAAUGUAAAUACGUUCAUUAAAUACGAGAAGCAAAACAUUCGGAAUCAAAAGCAAAAUAAUUUUAUAGUACAGUUAUGAGGCAUUAAAUUAAACAAAGUCUGGUUACAAAUGAUUGAAUACUUCAGAGCAAUUUUCCAUUGAGAUUUAUCCUAAUGCUAUGAAAAUAUUUUCUCAUUUACUCUGGGAUUAAUGACAGAAAUAAUUUUCUUUAUUGAUUAAGUAUUUCUUUCAAUAUUUUAGUUUCUUUUUAUAUGUUACUAAACAAAAGAAAUAGUAUUUAUUUAUUCCAUUAAAUCUGGAUCUACUUUACGUUAACUAUUGGAUACUGCUGUUAUUAUACUUUCUAGAUAAGUUCGUUUGAAGAUAUUGAUCUUAAAUAAUGGAAACUAAGAACAAUGAUUCUACUCAAGAUGUAUCAGAAUGCCAAAUUUCAACAAACUCUGAAUCUAACUUAAACUGCCAAUUAGCCUCGAAAUCGAACGUUAUAUCGAACAAAAGGAAAACUCCAAGAUACCUCCGGAACGCAUCUAUCAAGCUACUAACCCAUCCAGUAGACAAGAACAUCGCAUGGAGCUUCAUCCUGUCUGUUAUAUUCGCCGCCAUAUCAGUCCUCACUGGUUUUCCAACAGUCAUCAUGCUGACAUGGUUCUUAGGUAUUGCUUUAGGACUAAGAAUUGUAUUUGCUCGCUGUUGUGCUUACAGAGGAGCUUCCAGGGCUGGCGAUGUUGAGAAUCAAAGGCAAUUUCAGAGCAGACAACCUUCCUGCCUCAGAGCGGAAAACUUUGUCCGACCACCUGAAGCCCUUUGGCUUCACGAUUCGAGCUUCAAUCUUCACGUAGCCCAUUGCUUGUUCUUUCUAGACUCUGGAUUCACCUGCUCCAAACUCAGAGAAUUGCUGAUGACGCGAAUCCUCAGCAAAACUACGGAUCGCGGUGGAAGAGCUUUCCCAAGGUUUCUCCAGAAAGUUGUUCCGGUUUGUAGCGGCUAUUGCUGGAUCGAUGAUGAGGAUUUCUCUAUAGAAAAUCAUGUCUUCGAAGAAAAGAAGGAAAUUAAUUCUUCUGAUGAACUGGAAGAACAUAUUAGCAACCUCAUGAAUCAGCCUCUGCCUUCGUCUCGGCCUCUAUGGGAAAUUAGAGUAAUCAAAGAUUACGGAAAAUCUAAAGAUACUGUACUGGUUCUGAGGAUUCAUCAGGCCAUCAGUGACGGGAUCACUUUAGUAGUAAUUUUAGGAAACCACCUUUGUGACAACCAAAAAUUACUCCGGUUGAAAUCCCGUUUUGGUUAUAACACUUUUUUCUUGAACUUAUUCCGAGCAUUUUUUGUGGCUCCACUAACAUUCCUAGGUUGGUUGAUUUUCAAAAGGAGAGAUUACAACUAUUUUAAUCGUCAUCAUAAACCACAGAGCAGAGUUGUAGCAUGGUCUCAUAACAUUCGAUUUUCUAAAGUGCUACGUAUUAAGCAGGUAAUGCGGUGCAGUUUGAAUGAUGUUUUUGUUUCCGCAGUUUCAGGAGCCGUCAGAGCUUAUUUUGCAAAAAAUGGAAUAAAUAAUCCGCCAAAUGUAACGGUAAGUUUAUUUUUAUAUUCCACCUAAUAAUAUUUUUGCAAAACUGUCUUUUCCAAUCAUCUGACAAUUUUAAUUGCUAUUUAUUAAUUAUUAUAAUUUUGACCUCGAUGGCCGAAUAAAUAGUGAGAAUGCAUUUCUUUAAAUUCUCUAUUUGGCUUUAUUUUCUUCAGUAGUCUAACGAUUAUGAUUAGUUAAUAAAAUA